AUGGCGGCGCUGCGCGGGCGGGCGCUGCUGGGCCCGCUCGGAGUGCGCCUGAGGGCCGGGCCCCGCGCCCCGCUCCGCUCCGCAGCCUCCGCCUCCGCCCCGCCGCUCUACGAUGUGGUGGUGUCGGGCGGGGGCAUGGUCGGGAGCGCCAUGGCCGCCGUGCUGGGGCAUGAUAUCCACUUCCAUGAUAAAAAAAUCGCUUUGCUGGAGGCUGGUCCUAGGAAAGACUAUGAUCACAUGCCAGACAGUUACAGUAACAGGGUCAGCUCCAUCUCCCCAGGAUCAGCAACCCUCCUAAGCAGUUGUGGUGCCUGGGAUCAUGUCUGCAGCCUGAGGCUCAAACCAUUCCGGCGAAUGCAGGUGUGGGAUGCUUGUUCAGAAGCCAUGAUCGUUUUUGAGAAAGAUGACUUAGAUGACAUGGGUUACAUAGUGGAGAAUGAUGUCAUUAUGUCUGCUCUCACAAAGCAGUUAGAUGCAGUAGCAGACCGGGUGGAGGUUUUCUACAGGAGCAAAGCAGUUGGGUACACCUGGCCCCUUCCUUCCCACAGCUGUGACACAAACCCUUGGGUCCAAGUUGAGUUAGCUGAUGGACGCAGACUUCAGACCAAGCUGCUGAUUGGUGCGGAUGGUCAUAACUCUGUGGUCCGGAAGGAAGCUGAAAUUAAGAACAUUGAACAUCAGUAUGACCAGUCAGCUGUGGUGGCAACUCUCCAUUUAUCUGAGGCCACAGACAACAACGUAGCAUGGCAGCGGUUCCUUCCAACUGGGCCAAUUGCACUUCUUCCGCUGUCUGACACUGCCAGCUCUCUGGUCUGGUCUACAUCUCAUGACCAUGCAUUGGAACUUCUCGCUAUGGAUGAGGAAAGCUUUGUGGAUAGCAUCAACUCUGCCUUUUGGAGCAACAUAAAUCACUCUGACUUCAUUGACACUGCUGGGGCCAUGUUCCGUUCUGCCAUUUCAUUCCUGAAGCCCUCAGGGACUGCGGUCCGUCAGCUGCCCCCCAGCGUUGCUAGAGUAGAUCCCGAGAGCCGAGCCACGUUCCCUCUUGGAAUGGGGCACGCGACAGAGUAUGUCCAGCACCGCGUGGCACUUAUCGGGGAUGCAGCACACAGAGUCCACCCACUUGCAGGACAAGGAGUAAACCUGGGCUUUGGUGAUAUUGCAUGUUUAGCUCAUCACCUCAGUGCAGCAGCCUUCAAUGGGAGCGAUCUGGGCUCCUUAAAACACCUCCUCAAGUUUGAAACAGAACGUCAGAGGCAUAAUGUCUCCUUGAUAGCUGCUACUGAUGUGCUAAAAAGGCUGUACUCCACCACGCUGGCUCCUCUGGUGUUGCUGAGGACAUGGGGAUUGCAAGCAACAAAUGCCCUGCCUCCUGUCAAAGAGCAAAUCAUGGCUUUUGCCAGCAAGUGAUCUGCUGUCAGUCUGCCUGUCAGCAGCUUGCCUAUGAAUGCAUUGCCCUUAAAAGGGACUUGAAUCUUUGAACUGUUAUUUUAAUUUACAAUAAAACUGAGGGAUUGAGCUGUGUAUAACAUCA